GCAUGUCGUUGUCUCGUUCAUAAGCCUGCACUGGCGAACAGGAUGACUCCUCCAGGCGAUAGGAUGCCAAUUGAGGGUGCGGGUAGGGAUUUUUUGACUCCUAGGAACAAAAUGCCUGAUGCAAGGAUUGGACAUGCUUUAGCUGAUUACAGAGAGUAGAAUCGGAUUCAAAACAGUGUUGUUGCGAGCUCGAGUUCGUGGUCACCUGUUAAAAGUGGGCUGGGCAUGGUGUUGACCCAGAUGAUAAAGAAAAGGGUUCUCCUGUAGAAUCCUUGGUUCAGCCUGGUGCUUUGAUCACAUCAUAACACUACUUCGGGCUCCACCCAGGGAAGUUGCAAGGCUAGUAAUGAGGAUGAAUUCCGUAGUCUAUACCUUUGGUAACUCAGAUCGGCAAGAGUGGGCUACAGUGAUGGGGAUGUGGAGAAGAAGCUGGGUAUACUAUGCAGCUUAGUGAGUGGAAGCCUUUUAUACCUGAGGGCUUUUCUUCCAGGUCUUCAUUCUCAGCUGGUCCAUGGUUACUUUCUCUCCAGAUGGUUUUGUAGUUGGACUCAUGUACCUGGUGUUUUGAAGGUUAUAAACGAAUUUAAGCAUGAUGUCCAUUUUGUUGAGAUUGACAUUACUGAAGACCCUAAGAUUGAUAUUACUCAUAUUGAGUUGAACAAUUGACAUUACUGAAGACCAUGAGAUUGCCAAGGCAAAUGAUAUAAUGGCUACACCAUGUGUUCACAUCUUCAGAAACAAGGAAAUGCUCAAAGGAGCUCUAAUCCAGAGCUUAUCCGGAGUGCUCUCUACAAGCAUUGUAAAUUUGACAAACACCCAGACCAUAUUCUUACAGAAUAACAGCAUAAAUGGACUGAUCCCAGGUGAGAUCGGAUGCCUCCUAAUCUUCUAUCUCAUGAUCUUUUUAACAAUCUCUUUGCUGGAAAAAUCCUUCUUCUCUGGGCCACUUGCAAAGGCUGAAGUACAUUCUCAACAAUAACAGUUUAUCUGGAGCAAUUCCAAUGUCUUUGACCAGCAUGACCCAGCUUACUUUCAUGUGUGAACAGGGAUUGAGUUACUUUAUCGUCAGUCAAGCAUCAUAAACCGAACGGGAACUUCUUUCGGGGACAGAGGUAGUAUUAUUUUGAACUCAUGGACUUAUCAUGCAACAACUUGAGCAUGACAAGAAAUCCUCUGAUAUGUGGCACCCGGUGCAAUCAUACUGCAAUGGCAUGACUCUGCUGCAGUAGUGCUGCCUAUGUCAAUGCCAGUUGACCCUUCAGAAAGCCGAGUUGGUUAAAUACGUAAUGCAGGUCCAUGGCUCCUAAACAAAGGAAUGAUGCUACUUAUUCUUCUUCCACUCUCUGUUUCACCUCUCUGGAAAACGGGGCGUGAUAUGAAAAAAAGAUGCGGAACAUUGUCAUUGGGAAGACCGUUGAUCCCAAAAUCAACACUCUGUGCAGAAUCUCGGAGGCAUAUGACAAACUAGGGUGGACCAUCAUACUCACUUUGACUAGAGCGUAUUACUCGCGGCUAGUGCGGGAGAAUUAUGCGAAUAUUGAAAAGAAGACGGACUCUUUUGGGGACAUCGUGAGCAUAGCAAAAGGCACGACAAUCACGGUGAGUAAAGGCCAACUUUGCAACCUACUUCAAGUCGUUGACGUGGGUACCCGCUUCACCAUGAAUUCCAAAACGGUGACAAACGACCCCACUUAUGAUGAGAUAGGAGCAAUGCAAUCCUUUAACCUCGUAGGGGAGCUUAAAGCCCGUGUUCUCAAUGUUUUAAAGAGACUUAUCGUGUACCUUCUCGGUUUCAACAUCUUACCACGGGUUAGUGACACACAUAUACUUUGUCAGGUGGACCUCUACCUUUACAAGAUGGUCAACGGGCUCAAACAAAUUCAGGGCGUUCCUUUGGUCUCUCUCAUCGUGAUAAACAUGAGGAGCGUCGUCAAAACGAAAAGAGGUGAUACAAACUUCCUUUACCCUCUUUUACCUACUAUGAUAUUCAGGAAUUUUGGCGUUGACCUUACCAAUGAAGAAGUUGAAUACACGUUUGGGUCACAUGUUCUGAAUGCGGGUACUAUGGUGUCCAUCCAAUUUAAAUUAGUGGAUAACACAUGGGUCUGCAAGGAUGAGGGGGAGCAUGGGGGUGGAAAUGAAGAAAUGAGUGAAGCUUAACCGGCACUUGCGAUCCGACCACGACGGAAUAUGGCACAAAGUUUAGACUACUUCAUCGACUCUAUGGACUAAAUGCUUACACGGAUGAACGUGUAUGAGACUCGGAAGAGGAUAAUGGAGAGCAUGAGGGUGGAAACGAAGAUAUGGGUGAAGUUUAACCGGCACUCGCGACCCGACCACGAGACUAUGGCACAAAGUGUAGACUACUUCAUCAAGAGGAGCUUGAUACGAUGCAUUUGAGACCUGCCAAAUGAGGAUAGGGUAGCAAUUACAAGGUUUGAGAAAUUCACCCAACUAUUACGAGCAAUUUGGGUAUCCCUCCCGACCCAUAACAUUGAGUACCCCAUUUUGUUAUUGCUAUUAUGACAUUAUCUUCCCUAAACACACUUAAUUGUAGAUGUUGAUUAAAGUAUUUGUUUUGUAUGUAUCAUACAUUGGG